CACACUUUGAUAGAAAGGAAAGUAAUGAAUCAUGUUUGUUUGAUCUUCUCGUGGUCUUCUGUGCGUGGGCUGAUGGCAGGAUCUCCAGCGCUCGAGGAGGUUGAUGUGUAAUGUGUGUGUCCGAGCGCAGGCGGAGGAGAAGAUGAUGAAGAUGAUGAAGAUGAUGAUGAUGGUGGUGGUGCUGGGCGUGGCUCCGCUCGUGCAGGGGGUCCCAGGGUUCCAGGUGCGUCUGGUGGGCGGCAGCAGCAGGUUCGAGGGGCGUCUGGAGGUGCUGUAUAACGGUGUGUGGGGAACGGUGUGUGACGACGAGGUCAGCAUCAGUCUGGUCCAGGUGGUGUGUGUGGAGCUGGGCUUCUCUCGAGGACUCACCUGGGAUCACAGCGCAAGGUUCGGAGAGGGCCACGGUCCGAUCUGGAUGGAUAACGUCCGGUGUUCGGGGGGCGAGAGCUCUCUGUCCGAGUGCCGGUCGAACGGCUGGGGUGUGAGCGACUGCACUCACGCUGAAGAUCUGGGGGUCAUCUGCAGUCCAGAUCCACCCCCCCAGGGUCACGUCCCCCGUUACCCAGAACCCCCUUCACCUCGGAUCUCUAACCUGGUCUCGAACACUCCUCUGCGUGGGCAUGAGAUCGGUCUCCACCGCGGGGCCCGGGGCCCGUCCUCACCGCACCUCAACGGUCAUCGCAUCCAUCUGCGCAGGAACGGGUUCGAGAGCGCCGUCACCCCGCGGGGACACCGGAUCCCAGACUUCCUGCGCAGCAGAGCCUCCUACAGGAGAGCACAGGAAGUGACGCCCGCUCAGACCACCAGAAACCCUGAGAGAUCAGCACCAGCGCCUGAGCCGGUCUAUCCCCGUCUGGAGCACAGCAACAGGAUGGAUCUGGACUUCACCGACGUGGACGAGCAGCCGUCUGGGUCGCUCCGGCUGGACGAGGUGCGUCUCCGACCCGUCCUGACCCCCACUCGGAGCGCUGCCAUGGUAACGGAGGGGGUGCUAGAGGUGAGGCAUGCUGGGAAAUGGAGGCAGGUGUGUAGUCUGGGCUGGGAUCUGAGCAGCAGUCGUGUGGUGUGUGGCAUGCUGGGAUACCCGUCCGCAGAGCAACACGACACACGCGUGUACCGGAAACUGUGGGACUCAAAGAUGGAGGAUCCAGCCACACGGUCUGCGGUCAGUAAGAAGGCGUUCUGGGUCGAGAGGGUUCAGUGUUCGGGUUCGGAGGUGUCUCUGGCACAGUGUCGAGCACAGCUCUCCGUCCCGCGGCACGACGUUCCCUGCUCCGGAGGGAUGCACGCAGUGGUGCGCUGUGUUCCCGGUGCUCAGUUCUCCAGAAGCUCCGCCUCCAGACCCCCGCAGGCUCCGCCCCCUCUGAAGGCGGCGGUGCGUCUGAAGGCCGGUGCACGGCUGGGCGAGGGUCGGGUGGAGGUGCUCCGCGAGGGGAAGUGGGGGACCGUGUGUGACCAUCUGUGGGAUCUGACCGCGGCCAGCGUGGUGUGCAGAGAGCUGGGCUUCGGCUCGGCCAGAGACGCCCCACGAGGAGCGCUCAUGGGUCAAGGUACGGGUCUGAUCCACAUGAACGCGGUGCAGUGUUCGGGACAGGAGCGCUCCAUCACACAGUGCCGCUUCCGGGAGGUGCCACUGCACUCAUGCAAACACUCCCAGGAUGCAUCUGUCCGCUGCAACGUCCCCAACACCGGCCUGAGCGCCACCGUGCGUCUGGCGGGGGGGCGGGAGGCGGCGGAGGGCCGGGUGGAGGUGCUGAUGGAGGUGAACGGUCAGCAGCGCUGGGGCUCCGUCUGCGGUCAGAACUGGGGCAUUAAUGAAGCCAUGGUGGUGUGUCGACAGCUCGGCUUGGGCUUCGCUUCCAGAGCCCAUCAGGAGACCUGGUUCUGGCCCAGCAGCUCCGGGUCCGAGGACGUGCUUCUGAGCGGAACACACUGCAUCGGCACAGAGAUCUCCAUCCAGCAGUGCCACAGGAACAGACAGGUGUCCUGCCCACGAGGGGGCGGAGCCAGAGCCGCCGGAGUCACCUGUGCCGACGCGGCUCCGGAUCUGGUGAUCGACGCGCAGCUGGUGCAGGAGUCUGCGUAUCUGGAGGACCGGCCGCUGCACCUGCUGACCUGCGCUCACGAGGAGAACUGUCUGUCGUCCUCCGCCGCACGCAUGGCCUGGCCCUACGGUCACCGCCGCCUGCUGCGCUUCUCCUCACGCAUCAUGAACCUCGGACGGGCCGACUUCAGACCGCGAGCCUCACGGGAGUCCUGGACCUGGCACCAGUGCCACCGGCACUACCACAGCAUUGAGGUGUUCACGCACUAUGACCUCCUGACCCUGAACGGCACAAAGGUCGCGGAGGGUCACAAGGCCAGCUUCUGUCUGGAGGACACGUACUGCCCUGAAGGUCUGAGCAAACGCUAUGCCUGCUAUAACAUGGGCGAUCAGGGCAUCACUGUGGGCUGCUGGGAUACGUACAGCCACGACAUCGACUGCCAGUGGGUGGACAUCACCGACGUCCGGCCCGGAGACUACAUCUUCCAGGUGGAGGUGAAUCCGUCGCUGGAUAUGGCCGAGUCUGAUUUCCAGAAUAACGUGAUGCGCUGCCGCUGCCGCUACGACGGAGCACGUGUCUAUCUGUACGGCUGCCACAGCGGAGACGCUUACAGCGCAGAGGCAGAGGACCUGUUUGAACACCAGCGUCAGAUCUCAAACAACUUCCUGUGAUGGAGCACGCUCGCUGGGCGGAGUCUGUGUGAUUGACGGGUAGGGGGUGGGGUUAGUGCGAUGAUUGACAGCUCGGCCAGUAUUCAUGAAGCAGAAGAUCAGAAGAACUUCCUGCCGUUAUAAUGAGAGAUUUCUUGAGUUUGUGCAGAUGUUUCCAGCACAUCUCACCGAGGCUGUGUGUGAUUCAUCUUCAUCACCCAGACGAGAUUCACAGGAAACAUGUGACGACACAAAAUAAAGACACUAACAUUGAGAAUCCGUCAUGAAACGGGAACAGUUUUUCAGGUUGUCACCACUUGUAAACGGAAUAGAACUUUUCUUCCAAAAAGUGUAAUUUUUUUCUGCUCGUCAUUUUCAUAUUCUAGUUCACGUUUUUGAAACUUUUAUUUAAUCAAAUAAUCUGAUACCUCAAUUUCUGUUAAUAAAAAGGUUGUAAAACUCAUAGUUCUUGUUGAGUGUUGCGUUGAUGAUUUCAAGAUGUUUUCUGAUGUUGUCAUGAUUAUUUCUCUGGCCACUGGUGCUAGUUUUAGCCUCUCCUUUAGUCUUGAAUAUGAUUCUAGGUUAUUAUGAUUAUUAACAGAGCAGCAGAAUCUGUGUCAGAAAGGUUUCAUCACCGUUGUGUCACAUGCACAGAUUGUGUUUCAAUACUUCCAGUGCUUUAAGUGGCCGGUACACAGCGGUACUCAGUACCGUCAC